GGUCCCCGGUUCUGGGUUGGCCUUUUAUCAUUUUGAAUUGCCGUGAAAAGUCGAAUGUGUGUUAGAUCCGUCGGUGAUGUCGUCGUCGCAGAACCUUGGUGGCGCCACGAGAUGCGGCCGGGUGAUUGGGCCAUCUUUGGACAAGAUCAUCAAAAAUGCCGCCUGGCGCAAGCACACCUUCCUUGUUUCCGCCUGUAAGUCUGUCCUCGACAAGCUCGAGACUCUUUCUGAUUCUCCCGAUCCUUCGUCGCCUCUCUUCGGUCUCACCACCUCCGAUUCAGAUGCCGUUCUUCAGCCACUCCUUCUCUCUCUUGAUACCGGCUACGCCAAGGUUAUUGAGCCUGCUCUCGAUUGCUCUUUCAAGCUCUUCUCUCUCUCCCUUCUCCGGGGCGAGGUCUGCUCCUCUUCCCCUGAUUCUCUUCUCUACAAGCUCAUCCAUGCGAUCUGCAAGGUUUGCGGCAUCGGCGAGGAGUCUGUUGAGCUGGCGGUCCUUCGUGUCCUCCUCGCCGCCGUCAGAUCUCCUCGCAUCCUAAUCCGUGGCGAUUGUUUGCUCCAUCUAGUCAGGACCUGCUACAAUGUGUAUCUCGGCGGAUUCAACGGGACCAACCAGAUCUGCGCUAAAUCUGUGUUGGCUCAGAUCAUGCUCAUCGUCUUCACCAGAUCCGAGGCCAAUUCUAUGGAUGUAUCACUCAAAACGGUUAAUGUCAACGACUUGCUUGCCAUCACGGAUAAGAAUGUCAACGAAGGGAACUCUGUUCAUAUUUGUCAGGGAUUCAUUAACGACGUUAUUACGGCCGGGGAAGCAGCUCCUCCUCCGGAUUUCAUGCUAGUCUUGCAGGGCCAAUCACCAGACGAAGGUGCUUCUUCAACUGAGGAUGUGGGCACAAGCAAGAUCAUGGAAGACGGUUUCCUUCUCUUCAAAAACCUCUGUAAGUUGUCUAUGAAGUUCUCGUCACAAGAGAACACCGACGAUCAGAUUCUUGUGAGAGGCAAGACUUUGUCCCUCGAGUUGCUCAAAGUCAUCAUUGAUAACGGCGGCCCAAUUUGGCUCUCUGACGAAAGGUUUCUAAAUGCCAUCAAGCAGUAUCUCUGCCUGUCUCUGUUAAAGAAUAGCGCACUCUCGGUUAUGUCUAUUUUUCAACUUCAAUGUGCUAUCUUCACUACCUUACUACGGAAAUAUAGAUCGGGUAUGAAAUCAGAAGUAGGUAUAUUCUUCCCGAUGCUUGUCCUCCGGGUCCUUGAAAAUGUUCUCCAGCCAAGUUUCGUGCAGAAAAUGACCGUGCUCAGCUUACUCGAGAACAUUUGCCACGACCCAAACCUAAUCAUUGACAUAUUUGUGAACUUUGACUGCGAUGUGGAGUCUCCGAACAUCUUCGAAAGGAUUGUCAACGGUCUUCUGAAAACUGCUCUAGGGCCUCCUCCUGGUUCAUCAACAAUAUUGUCCCCAGUCCAGGAUAUUACUUUUCGGCACGAAUCUGUGAAGUGCUUGGUUAGCAUUAUUAAGGCAAUGGGAACAUGGAUGGACCAACAAUUGAGCGCGGGAGAAUCACUUCUGCCUAAGAGCUUAGAAAAUGAAGCACCUGCAAACAAUCAUUCAAACUCAAAUGAAGAAGACGGGACAACUACAGAUCAUGACUUUCACCCAGAUUUGAGUUCAGAGUCAUCAGACGCUGCAACUCUUGAACAAAGGAGGGCAUACAAAAUUGAACGCCAGAAAGGCGUCACUCUAUUCAAUAGAAAGCCGUCAAAGGGUAUUGAGUUUCUUAUCAGCUCUAAAAAGGUUGGCAACUCCCCGGAUGAGGUGGUGUCGUUCCUGAGGAAUACCACAGGCUUGAAUGCAACCAUGAUUGGUGAUUAUUUGGGUGAAAGAGAGGAGUUUCCGAUGAAAGUUAUGCAUGCCUAUGUGGACUCGUUUGAUUUCAAGGAGAUGAAUUUUGGUGAGGCAAUUAGGUUUUUCUUAAGGGGCUUCAGGCUUCCUGGGGAAGCACAGAAAAUUGACCGCAUAAUGGAAAAGUUUGCUGAACGCUUUUGCAAAUGCAAUCCAAAUUCAUUCAGCAGUGCUGACACAGCAUAUGUUCUUGCGUACUCUGUAAUAAUGCUUAACACUGAUGCCCACAAUAUCAUGGUUAAAGAGAAGAUGACCAAGGCUGAUUUUAUCAGAAAUAACCGAGGCAUUGAUGAUGGCAAAGAUCUCCCAGAAGAGUAUCUUGGUGCGCUUUAUGACCAAGUUGUCAUAAAUGAAAUAAAGAUGAGUUCUGAUUCUUCUGCUCCAGAAAGCAGGCAGUCCAAUGGCCUGAAUAAACUACUGGGUCUGGACGGUAUACUCAAUCUGGUUUAUUGGACACAGACAGAAGAAAAAGCGGUGGGGGCUAAUGGUCUUCUUAUAAAGCAUAUUCAAGAAAAGUUCAGGUCGAAGUCUGGAAAAUCAGAAUCAGCUUACCAUGUAGUCACAGACGUUGCAAUAUUGCGUUUUAUGGUUGAAGUUUCCUGGGGACCAAUGCUUGCCGCAUUCAGCGUGACACUUGAUCAGAGUGAUGACAGGCUUGCUGCAGUUGAAUGCUUACGAGGCUUUCGGUAUGCAGUUCAUGUGACAGCAGUUAUGGGUAUGCAAACGCAAAGAGAUGCAUUUGUCACUUCCAUGGCCAAGUUCACAAAUCUCCAUUGCGCAGGAGAUAUGAAGCAAAAGAAUGUCGAUGCUGUUAAAGCCAUCAUAUCAAUUGCCAUUGAAGAUGGUAAUCACUUGCAAGAUGCUUGGGAGCACAUUUUGACUUGUCUUUCAAGAAUAGAGCAUUUGCAAUUAUUGGGUGAGGGUGCUCCAAGUGAUGCAUCUUAUUUUGCUUCAUCCGAGACCGAAGAGAAGAAAGCCUUGGGGUUUCCUAACUUGAAGAAAAAAGGAGCCCUCCAGAAUCCGGUGAUGAUGGCUGUGGUUCGAGGGGGCUCAUAUGAUAGCAGCGCAGUUGGACCAAAUAUGCCGGGGCUUGUGAAGCAGGACCAAAUCAAUAACUUCAUUGCAAACUUGAAUUUGCUUGACCAGAUCGGGAGUUUUCAGUUGAAUAAUGUAUAUGCUCAUAGCCAGCGGUUGAAGACUGAAGCCAUAGUAGCAUUUGUUAAAGCUCUAUGCAAAGUCUCUAUGUCAGAACUGCAGUCUCCUACGGAUCCUCGAGUGUUUAGCCUCACAAAAUUAGUUGAGAUCGCCCACUACAACAUGAACCGCAUCAGGCUAGUCUGGUCUCGCAUUUGGAGCAUCCUGUCAGAUUUUUUUGUAUCUGUUGGCUUGUCAGAGAAUCUUUCUGUUGCAAUAUUCGUUAUGGACUCACUACGACAACUGUCUAUGAAGUUCUUGGAACGUGAGGAGCUGGCAAAUUAUAACUUUCAGAAUGAAUUUCUUCGACCAUUUGUCAUUGUUAUGCAAAAAAGCAGUUCUGCUGAAAUAAGAGAACUAAUAGUUCGGUGCAUUUCUCAAAUGGUACUCAGCCGUGUCAGUAAUGUGAAAUCAGGGUGGAAAAGUGUUUUCAAGGUUUUCACAACUGCAGCAGCUGAUGAAAGGAAGAACAUUGUAUUGUUGGCCUUUGAGACAAUGGAAAAAAUUGUCCGAGAGUACUUUUCAUACAUCACAGAGACGGAGGCAACAACCUUUACUGAUUGUGUUAGAUGCCUCAUAACUUUCACAAACAGCACGUUUACCAGCGAUGUUAGCCUGAACGCUAUCGCGUUUCUACGAUUUUGUGCCCUAAAACUUGCAGACGGAGGCCUUGUGUGGAAUGAGAAGGGUAGGUCCAGCAGUCCCGGUACUCCAGUAACAGAUGACCAUGCACCAAAUACCCAAAAUUUUAUGGAUGCAGAUGAGAAUAUUUCAUAUUGGGUUCCUUUGCUCACAGGAUUGUCUAAGCUAACUUCUGAUUCCAGAUCAGCAAUCCGUAAAAGCUCCUUGGAAGUGCUCUUUAAUAUUUUAAAGGAUCAUGGCCAUAUUUUUUCACGAACAUUCUGGAUCGGCGUUUUCAGUUCUGUUAUUUAUCCUAUAUUUAACAGUGUGUGGGGCGAGAAUGAUCUGCUUUCUAAAGAUGAACACAGUUCAUUUCCAUCUACAUUUUCUCCACAUCCUAGUGAAGUUUCUUGGGAUGCUGAGACUUCAGCUAUGGCGGCACAGUCUCUGGUAGACCUAUUUGUCAGCUUUUUUACUGUGAUAAGGUCUCAACUUUCAAGUGUAGUAUCCUUACUUGCUGGUCUUAUAAGAAGUCCAGCUCAGGGUCCUACAGUAGCUGGAGUUGGCGCGUUGUUGCGGUUGGCAGAUGAAUUGGGUGACAGGUUCUCGGAAGAUGAGUGGAAGGAGAUUUUUUUGGCUGUGAAAGAAGCUGCUUCAUUGACAUUGUCUAGUUUCAUGAAAACACUGAGAACCAUGGAUGACAUUCCAGAUGAGGACUUUAGUAAUGAAGAUGACGUCGACGAGGACAGCCUGCAAACUAUGUCUUAUGUUGUUGCAAGAACAAAGAGUCACAUAGCCGUCCAGUUGCAAGUUGUUCAGGUAGUGACGGAUCUCUACCGAAUCCAUCAGCAGUCAUUGUUGGCAUCGCACGUCACUGUUAUACUGGAGAUACUCUCAUCAAUCUCAUCACAUGCCAACCAGCUAAAUUCUGAUUUGAUAUUGCAGAAGAAAGUGAGGAGAGCGUGCUCUAUCCUGGAGCUCUCUGAACCUCCCAUGCUUCAUUUCGAAAAUGACACGCAUCAGAACUACCUGGACAUUCUUCAAGCCAUACUGACAUACAAUCCAGGAGUGUCCUUGGAGCUAAACAUAGAGGCUCAGCUGAUGACAGUGUGUGUGCAAUUACUGAAGAUGUACCUGAAAUGCACUUUGUUUCAGGGUGAGGAGUUGGAAGAAACCAGGCAGCACAAAAACUGGAUUCUACCCAUGGGAGCAGCAUCGAAGGAAGAAGCAGCAGCGAGAUCUCCCCUAGUGGUUGCAGUGCUGAAGGCUCUGAGGGGACUGAAAAGAGAUUCAUUCAAGAGGUAUGCACCAAAUUUCUUCCCAUUGUUGGUGGAGCUUGUGCGGAGCGAGCACAGCUCUUCACAAGUCCCACAAGUCUUAAGCACAGUGUUCCAUACAUGUAUGGGUGCAAUGAUAGAUGAAUAGAAUAGGGUGGUUAUAAGUGCGCUGAAUUUUGACAUUCGACGGAGAUGCGAGAUUUACAGGUUUUGUGCGGUUGAUUGCUAGUGCUGAUAUAAAGUAAUUGAUUACUGUUUGUAGAAACUAAGAAAAGUAUGGUGAGAUUAGGAGGGUCAUUGCAUUUUGUCUGCAAUGCCUAUUUUCUUCCUUCCAAUUAUGAUUGUAAAUGCAAAAUUCUUGAGCA